AUGCUAUGUGCCACUUGUUGUAUUCGAGUGCCCCCGGCCGAUUUCUACGAGCACUGGGCUGAUUUACACAUGCCGAGUGCCGAUGGUAUGCGGAUGUACUGCGUCGAAUGCCACGAACUGAUCACCCUGUCAGACGAGUUCCAACGACACGAAGGAUGUUUUCGCACGGAAGCAAAGCGGUGCAGUCCAUUGAAAUGUGCAAUAUGCCAGUACCAUGCCGAAACGCGGAAGUUAUUGGCACGUCAUGCGAAAAUGUUUCACGUGCAGAAGCGGUGUGGAUGCUGCGGAGUCCGGCUAAACUUUUCUUGGCGCAUGAAGGGUCACAUUCUCCGGUGUUACAAAAAUCGCGAUAAAGAAAAAUCGACGGGCAUUCUCAGUAUGUCUAAGGCAGUGAUUGAUAUAUCUGAUGAAAACCCUGCUCAAAGCAGUAUCGAUCGCAAAGCCGAUAGUUCUGUCCAACGACCAGAUAGUACAAAUAACGGGUCAAACAAUGGUUGUCUGGUUUCGAGUACAGAAGUUGAAGAAGUCACAUCGGUGCCGGUCAUGGAUGUCAAGUUGGAACAGUCAAGCAACGAUGAUGAUAGCGCCACUGGAAGCGAAAGUGAAGAUGCCUUGUCGCCCACUUGCCAAACACCGAAUGUUGGUUCAACUAAUGACUCCGUGUUGCAGUGUGAGGUUGCUUCAUCGCCCAAGGUGCAAAACAUUCAGUCGACUCCGCAGUCAGUGGACCAGACAAAACAGUCACCUCCCCUCCCUUUGUCUGUAUCAAAGAAUCAGUCAUUGAGUUCGAUCCAGCAAGAGCAGCAGACAAAUGAAUCUCCCAUCUCAUCUACCGCGGUGUCGUUUUCUUUCACACCCCGACCAUCGCCGAAUAUGAGGUUCGGAUGCACGCUGUGUGGUACUACCUUCCGUUACAAAGGAACAGCACUGCGCCAUUUAAAGUCCCGUCAUCGCGUUAGCGUGUCGAUCGAUGAAUUCAUCGAAGAGCAGUUUUCAACGAUCGAGCAUUUACCAUGUGAAAGAUCCAUUGGUUGUCAGGUAUCCGAGACAUUUUCGAAAUGCUCCGAAUGCGAGAGGAAAGGUGUGGUCAUCAAGCAGCUGAGUUUGCUUUUGAAAAGAAUAGCUUCAGAAGCAACUUCAAUGGAAACCGGUUAA